AUGCCUGAACAGUGUCUUCAAGACUCCAAACAGCAGGUUGACGCUGAAAAGGUUGACCAUGCAGACCUUGUAUCACCCGAGUGGAAGAAAACCGAGAAAAGCCUUGUCCGCAAGCUGGAUAUGACUCUCAUCCCUGUUGUUUGGGUGCUCUACAUGUUCAACUAUCUCGACCGGAAUAACAUCGCCCAGGCACGGCUCAAUAAUAUCGAGAGGGACCUUGGCCUUGAGGGCACGGAUUUCAAUGUGGCAGUUUCGGUUCUCAAUAUUGGAUACAUGCUUGCCCAGCUACCCUCGAACAUGAUCCUCACCCGCGUGCGGCCGAGCAUUUAUCUGCCGUGCUGUGUGAUGCUGUGGUCCUGCGUCUCGGCUGCCACGGCUGGGGUAAACAACUUCGCUGGCUUAAUCGCCGUUCGAUUCUUCCUUGGAAUUGUGGAAGCUCCCUUUUUCCCUGGGGCCUUUUACCUUCUCUCCUGUUGGUACACGAGAAAAGAGCUCGCCUUACGUACCGCCGUCCUAUACUCAGGCCUUAUUCUUGCUACCGCGUUUUCUGGCUUGAUUGCAGCGGGGAUUUUUGCAGGCCUCGACGGCGUACACGGUCUUGCAGGGUGGCAAUGGAUGUUUAUAAUCGAAGGAGCAGGAAGCUUCUUUGCAGCGCUGAUCGCAAUUGGUCUGCUGCCAGAUUACAUCGACUCAACUUCAGGAAGCGGACGAUGGCUUCUAACCCCCAGGGAGCGCGACGUUGCAGCAGCGCGAAUUGCCGCGGACAGGGUGUCUGAUUCUGAAGCCGAUAGAUCGGUGUGGUACGGCGUGUUGCUUGCUAUAAAGGAUUUCAGGACUUGGAUUUUUUUCCUCAUGCUCUGCAGCAACCACACAGCGUACGGCUUCAACAACUUCUUCCCUAGCAUCGUGCAAGGCCUCAACCUGGGCUCGAAAACCGUGACCCUUGUCCUGACCGCACCCCCCUACCUCGUCGGCGCCGUUGUGUCCUUCUUAGUCGCCUUCUCCUCGGACCGCCACAACGAGCGCGGCUUCCAUAUCUCAGUCCCCAUGCUUGUCGCCAUUGUCGGCUUCGUAAUCUCUGCAGCAACCCUCAGCGUUCCCGCACGCUACUUCGCGUCCUUCCUGUAUGCGUCCGGCGCAUUCGCCGCAAACGCGAUGGUCUACUCCUGGGCGGCGUCAGUGCUGAGCCAAACCCCCGAGAAGCGGGCCGCUGCGACGGCGAUUAUCAAUCUGCUCGCGCAAUUCGGGAACAUCUGGAGUCCGUAUUUCUUUCGGGAGCAGGAUGAGCCACGGUAUAUUCUGGCGAUGAUCCUCAUGAUGGCGUUUUCCGGGUUGAGUGUUUGUUGUGCGUUGACGAUGAAGAUGGUGCUCAAGAAGCAGAAUGCGAAGAUGAGGGCUGACGCGGAGGAGACUGGGACGAGGAGCGUUACUUUAUAUACUGUUUGA